GGCACUACUCAACAAUAAUGGCCGGUAGUGGCAAUUUGUAAAAUAUGUAAACAGAAGACAUGUGUUUUGUGAAAUAAUAUAGUGUUUUGUAGAAAUCUUUCGUACGAAAUUGGUUUUACCUUAAUCUUUUUGAAAAUAAGAUUCUUUAAUUGAAAACGGUUUUUGUUUAUUUACUACUUUGAAAAUGGAUGACAUUUUAAACGACAAACGUUUCUCUCAUAUCGUCAGCGAUCCCCGCUACAAAAGGAUCCCAAAAUUGGAGAGGAAAGUUAAGAUUGACAAGCGUUUCCAGUCAAUGUUCAAUGAUAAACGCUUCACAGUGAAGUACACUGUGGAUAAGCGAGGCAGACCUGUCAAUAACAGCACCACAGAGGACCUCAGACGGUACUAUGAUAUGUCUUCUGACAGCCAGUCGGAUGAUGAGGAUGGAGAGGAAAAAGUGAGCGCGAUUAAUUAUGAAAACAAAAGUAAGCUAUCUUUAGUAGACAGUGAAAAUAGUUCGAAAGUUUUAAAAAAGAAAGUGGCUAAGAAAAAUAGGUCACCUCAUUCGGAUGAGGACGAGGGAUUCUUAAAUGACGGUAACGCAAAUGCAGAUAUCAAGCAAGGGCGUGAGGCAAAAAAGAUAACGCCGGCCAAGCAUAAACACGAUACAGAUAGCGAAAUGGAGGAGCGUGUACCACCUCAGUUGGACUCGGACGACAGCGUGGACGAUGAAGGAACGGACAGCGACUGGGGCGACGGCCUGCAGCUGAGGGCGGAAGAGAAGCUGCUGUUCAACGACAAGGCCAAGGCCAAGCUGCAAGACUUGACAGUUGAUUAUGCUCGCGGUGAAGGUGUGCUCACCAGCAGUUCUUCAGACGACGAGUCCGACGAAGCAGAGUCUGAGGAGGAGCUGGACCACGGCUGGGGGCAGCUGGACCAGGAGGCUGAGCAGACGGACGAUGCGACCCACCGCCUCGCCCUCUGCAACAUGGACUGGGACCGGAUCCGCGCCCCGGACCUCAUGGUGCUCUUCAACUCCUUCCUGCCCCAGGACGGGCUCAUCAGGUCCAUCGCGAUAUACCCAUCAGAGUUUGGCCUUGAAAGAAUGAAAGAAGAAGAGCUUCAUGGUCCACCUGAAUUAAGAGGAAAAGCAGAGUUGGUUGAUUUUAAUGAUGAUGAAGAUACACCACGUGAAGAAAAUGAGAAUGAAGAAGGUAAUGACUACCACAUGGAAAAGUUGCGGCAGUAUCAACUCAACAGGUUGAAGUACUUCUAUGCCGUCAUUGACUGUGACUCCGAGAACACUGCAAAUAAAAUUUACACUGAAUGUGACGGUCUGGAAUAUGAAAGCAGUUCAGCCCGUCUCGACCUACGAUUCAUUCCAGAUGACAUGACUUUUGAUCAUGAGCCUCGUGAGGUAUGCGACACACUUCCAGAGUUGUCCAAGUACAAACCUCGCUUCUUUACGACCACCGCUCUCCAGCAGUCGAAAGUCGAACUGACGUGGGACGAGACGAACCCGGACCGUACGGAGAUUGCUCAGAAAGUCAUAUCGGGAGACGUCGAUCGCGCAGAGCUUCGAACUUACCUUGCAACUUCCAGCAGCGAAGACGAGGAUGAAGAAAGCAAAGAAAAUCAGCAGAAAGAUGAGCAGAACGCUAGUCAGGAUUAUGAAUCAGAAGAUGGCCCUCAGGAAAUGGACACAAUAUCAAAAUACAAAGCACUUGUUCAGAGUAUCGAAGAAGAGGAAGAACGCAAGAAGCACAAAGACGUGGAGAUGGAAAUAUCCUGGGGAAUAGGACUAAAGGAAAAGGCCGAAGAACUGACAAAGAAAAAGAUGAAAGAACAGGAUGAGCUGACACCUUUCCAACAGUAUUUAGAAAAGAGGAAGGAUAAAAAGAAACAAAAGAAAUUGGAGAAGAAAAAUAAACUCACAGAGGAAAGUGGAGAGAACCCGUACAGUGAUGAUGACAUUCCAUCUGACAUUGAUUUGUCUGACCCAUAUUUCAGAGAGGAAUUCGAAAAAGUACCGAAGAAGACAAAAAAACAGAAAGGCAAGAAAGAAGCAGAGCAAAAUGAUGAAACAAAUAAUGAUAAGGCUGAACUGGAAUUGUUGCUACUGAAUGAAACAGAAGGUAAAAACCACUUUAAUUUCAAAGCGAUCCAAGAACAAGAAACUGAGAGCAAGAAGAAGAAAAAGCGGAAGAAGAAACUUAAAAAAAACACAGCUGUUGCUGAUGUACAAGAUAAUGCAGACUUUGAGGUGAACGUGAAGGAUGACAGAUUUUCAGCUCUGUUCAACUCGCAUCACUUCAACAUUGACCCGGCAGAUCCACACUAUCAUGCAACCAAAGGCAUGGAGCUGCUCGUAGCAGAGAAGUUGAAGCGCAGGCAAGAAGAUGACCAGAUGCCUGAGAUACCCAAUAAGGCUGCAAAGAAUUCUUCAGUAUCAAUGAAGAAAGAUACUGAUAUGGCAAGCUUGGUCAAAAAAGUGAGAAGCCAAACUAAGUUAUUAAACAAAAAUUUGUAAUGGUGAUUAAUUUGAAAGUUAUUAAAAUUUAAAGAUUUAAAUGUUAUUUAAUAAAAUAAUAUUUUGUAAUAAAC